AUGGCUCAACCCUGGGGUGCGGCUGUUGGACCUCCUGCACUCGUAGCCCAUAAUCCACUACCAAAAGGAGCAAAGGAUGUUUUACCCAAAUAUAAAGGUGAUGGGAAAGUUUCAGUUGAAGAGCAUUUGAGCUCUUUUAAUGUAGCAAUAGGAAUCCUAGCAGUUCAAUAUGAGGAUGUGGCUAUUAGGCUUUUUGUCCAAACCCUCACCGAAGGGGCAGCAGAAUGGUUUAGCCAGCUGCAAGUUCCUCUUAUUGGUCAGGUAAAGGACAUCCAGGCAGUGUUGGCAGCAUGCCCAAACAAAAGAGUAAGAUUAACUAUACUGGUUGCUGAUAUUCCGAUGAGUUAUGGAAUGCUUCUGAGUAGGACAUUUUGCAAAGAUCUUGGAGGUGAAAUCAAAAUGGACUGGUUUGAAGCCGUUAUUCCCCUUGGAAAUCAGAAAAUCAAGCUUGAACCUGAACCCAAGAAUCAGACAGAUCAAUUCCAGGAUUUGAGUGCAGUAUUACAGCGUUGUCAUGAGCACAGGAUUUCUCUGAAUCCUAAGAAAUCAGUUUUUUGCAUCACGGAGGGAAAACUGUUAGGACAUAUUGUCUCAAAAGAGGGAUUCAAGAUUGAUCCCGAGAGGGUUAAUGUAAUUCAACGUCUUAGUUUACCCUCUAUCCGGACUGGAGUAAGAUCGCUCUUUGGUCAAGUGAAUUUCUUAAGAAGAUUUGUUCCAAAGUUUGCUGAGACCACAAAACACAUUGUUGGUUUGCUAAGUGAGCAACAUCCUUUCAAGUGGACUGAAGAGGCCAAAAAUGCUUUUGAGAAAAUUAAAGAAUCAGUUGCAAAUGCGCCCACUCUUGUUAAUCCAGAUUUCACGAAGGACUUCAUUCUGUAUUGUUAUGCAUUAGACCAUACUAUGUCUGGGAUUUUGUUGCAAUUGGAUGAACGUGGGGCUGAAAUGCCUAUAGCAUUCAACCGUGAAAAGCAUUUUGACUCAGUAGGAGGUUGGACUAAAUAA